AUCGAAAGCAAAAAAAGGAAAGUCGCUUUUAAAUUCAAAUACGACUCAAAAGAACCAUUAUUUUACCAUAAUUAAUAUAAAAACAAACUCCUCACCAGCUGCAUUAAUCAUCUAAAUAAUCUUACCAAAAAAAAUAACAACGGAAAGAAAUUUUGCAAAAAAAAAAAAAAUCCACGCAAAAUAAAAAAGAAGCAUUAGAAGCCUGAAACCUCAUCUACGCAUAGACAAGCAAGACAUACCACGGAGAGUAGUGAACACCCCAUUGCAAAUACAACAAUUCGGGAAAAUCCUAUAACGGGAAACCGAAUUUUCACUUCAAGACCAGGAAAAUUUUAAACACAAAUAGCAAAAAUAACGCAAGCAAGUGAAAAAAUCAAAUCAUGAUUAAAUUAUUCUCAUUGAAACAGCAGAAAAAAGAAGGUGACCAAACGGGCAAGAGUGGUGGUCAACAAAAGAAAGCAUCUGCUGCUCAAUUGCGUAUACAAAAAGACAUCAACGAACUCACCCUGCCAAAAACUUGUGCUACGGAAUUUCCCGAUCCAGAUGAUUUGCUCAAUUUUAAAUUGAUCAUCUGCCCCGAUGAAGGUUUCUACAAAGGUGGCCGUUUCGUAUUCAAUUUCCGCGUUGGUCCCAAUUAUCCCCAUGAACCACCAAAAGUUAAAUGUGAAACUCAAGUCUAUCAUCCCAACAUCGAUCUCGAGGGCAAUGUGUGUUUAAAUAUUUUACGUGAAGACUGGAAUCCGGUAUUGACCAUUAGUUCUAUUGUCUAUGGUUUGCAAUAUUUGUUUUUGGAGCCAAAUCCUGAGGAUCCUUUGAAUAAAGAAGCUGCUGAUGUUUUGCAAACAAAUCGCCGUCUAUUUGAGCAUAAUGUGUCAAAGGCCAUGCGUGGCAAUUUUGUUGGUGAAACAUAUUUCGAAUGCUGCCUCAAGUGAUAUAGAAAAUCAAAGGUUUUUACUUUAAGAAAUGGCGUCUACCUUUUGGCCAUUUUAUUGGGUAUUGGUGGUCGCAUAUAUAUUAAUUUAACUUUUCAGAAUAAUUAAUACUGCAACUAAAUACAACAAAAAUAAAAAUUCAAAAAAAAGUAAAGCUUCAAUUUUCUUUGCCACUGGCUGUCUAUCUUCUCCCUCUCUCUCUUUCUAACUAUCUAAAGUAAUUUUUCUUUCACACUCUUUAACAUUUCCUUUAUUUAAAUUUAUUUUUAUAUAAAGUUUUAAUUUUCGUCUUUAAACAACAAACAUGAAUGAUGUCUUUAAUAAUUUUGUAUGAAAAGAAGAAAAAACACAAUUUAUUUUAACUUAAUUAUCAUUUGUUUUUAAUUUGAAUAAUUUUGUAAUUGAUUGCGACAGGAAAAUAAUUUUGCAAAAAAAAAAAUAUAAUAACUCAUUAAUGUAAUGUUAAAUUAAAAAAGAAAAUAAAAACUAAAAAAAUACAUACAUAUUUAUAACUCAGUAGAUAUUUCGCAAAAAUAAAAAGAUCUAUAAAAAUUAA